AGAGAGAGUUAGAAACAUCGAGAAACAUCAAUCAGCUGCCUCCUGCACACCCCCUACUGGGGAUGUGCCUGCAACCAAGGUACAUGCCCUUGACCGGAAUUGAACCUGGGACCCUUGAGUCCACAGGUCGACACUCUAUCCACUGAGCCAAACCGGUUAGGGCUAAUUCUAAUAUGUUUAGAUGAGCUUUUUUCUUAUUUGGCAGAUGGACAGGUAGAAUGACCUAACUGUAUUUCCUGGUGUACGAGGGAGUUGGUUUGCUCCAGAUGUUAAUACAGUAGAACUUGUUUGCUAGGGUGGCCCAUCAUGGAACUAGAGUCUCUAGUAAAGUAGAUGCUAAUGGGCAAUGGCAUGUUAUUCCUUUCUUAACCCUGUUAUAAGCUCACUCCUUUCAAUUCCAUUUACUUCUCAAAUAAGACAAGCAUUUCGUUAAAGAAACUGGACAUCAAGUUUCAAAUAGAUGAUAGAGUUUAUAGGGAAAGACAAAAAGGAGACAAAGGGUAAGACUCAGGUUGUCAGAGAAUCUGAAAUGUUUAGAAUUGUGGAGCCCAAUCGGUGUGGCUCAGUGGUUGAGCAUCGACUUUUAACUAGGAGAUCAUGGUUCAAUUCCCAGUCAGGACACAUGCUGGGUUUCGGGCUCAAUCCCCAGUAGGGGGUGUGCAGAAAGCAACCAAUCAAUGAUUCUCCCUCAUCAUUAAUGUUUUUAUCUCUUUCUCUCCCUCUCUGUAAUCAAUAAAAAAAAAAAAUCUUAAAAAAAAAAGAAUUGUGGAAAUUGUGAGUUUGAUAAAGGGCUUUAGAGAAAGUACAUUAUAUCCUUAUUUUAGUUGUUUAAAUCAGAUUUUUCAAAGAAAAGUGUAGAUGGUUAGAAAUUAGAGUCUUUCAUUUCCUUGUGUCCUCAUUCAUUUCUUCCAUGUAGGGAAGAAGCAACUUUUUUAAAAAAUCAGAAGUAACCUUAGAAAUUAGCCAUUUUCUAACUAAGGAAACUGAGCCCACACCUAAAAAAUACUGAGCCCCAAGAAGUUAAUUCAUCUGAUCCAAGAUCACACAUCUGUUCAAAAGGAUGCUGAACCGGGAGCUGACACACCUCUCAGAAAUGAGCCGAUCAGGGAACCAGGUGUCUGAAUACAUUUCAAAUACUUUCUUAGACAAGCAGAAUGAUGUGGAGAUUCCAUCUCCCACCCAGAAGGACAGAGAGAAAAAGAAAAAGCAGCAGCUCAUGACACAGAUAAGCGGAGUGAAGAAACUGAUGCAUAGUUCAAGCUUAAACAAUACAAGCAUCUCACGCUUUGGAGUCAACACAGAAAAUGAAGAUCAUCUGGCCAAGGAGCUGGAAGACCUGAACAAAUGGGGCCUUAACAUCUUCAAUGUGGCUGGAUAUUCACACAAUAGGCCCUUAACAUGCAUCAUGUAUGCCAUAUUCCAGGAAAGAGACCUCCUAAAGACAUUCAAAAUCUCCUCGGACACAUUUGUAACCUACAUGAUGACUUUAGAAGACCAUUACCAUUCUGACGUGGCAUAUCAUAACAGCCUACAUGCUGCUGAUGUAGCCCAGUCAACACAUGUUCUUCUUUCAACACCAGCAUUAGAUGCCGUCUUCACAGAUUUGGAAAUCCUGGCCGCCAUUUUUGCAGCUGCUAUCCAUGACGUGGAUCAUCCUGGAGUAUCCAACCAGUUUCUCAUCAACACAAAUUCAGAACUUGCUUUGAUGUAUAAUGACGAAUCUGUGUUGGAAAACCAUCAUCUGGCCGUGGGUUUCAAACUGCUGCAAGAAGAGCACUGUGACAUCUUUCAGAAUCUCACCAAGAAGCAGCGGCAGACACUCCGGAAGAUGGUUAUCGACAUGGUGUUAGCAACUGAUAUGUCCAAACAUAUGAGCCUGCUGGCAGACCUGAAGACAAUGGUAGAAACAAAGAAAGUGACAAGCUCAGGCGUGCUUCUGCUGGACAACUAUACGGAUCGUAUACAGGUCCUUCGCAACAUGGUACACUGUGCAGACCUGAGCAACCCCACCAAGUCCUUGGAACUGUAUCGGCAAUGGACAGACCGCAUCAUGGAGGAAUUUUUCCAGCAGGGAGACAAAGAGCGGGAGAGGGGAAUGGAGAUUAGCCCAAUGUGUGAUAAGCACACAGCUUCUGUGGAAAAAUCCCAGGUUGGUUUCAUCGACUACAUUGUCCAUCCCCUUUGGGAGACCUGGGCAGAUCUGGUACAGCCUGAUGCACAGGACAUUCUGGACACAUUAGAAGAUAACAGGAACUGGUAUCAGAGCAUGAUACCCCAGAGUCCCUCCCCACCGCUGGAUGAGCAGAACAGAGACUGCCAGGGGCUGAUGGAGAAGUUUCAAUUUGAACUGACCCUGGAAGAGGAGGAUUCGGAAGGACCUGAGAAAGAGGGCGAGGGCCACAGCUAUUUCAGCAGCACAAAGACACUUUGUGUGAUCGACCCAGAAAGCAGGGAUUCACUGGGAGAGACUGAUGUAGACAACGCCGCAGAGGACAAGUCCCCGGUCGACACAUAAUCUCCCUCUCUGUGAGGAGGCGAACAUUCCAUUCUUGACAAGCAUGCCAGCUGUAUGGUAGGGCCAGCCCACCAUGGGGGCCGAGGCCUGCAUAGGACAUGGGCCAUGUGGCUUUUCCAGUUACUUGAGUUUGGAGCCAGAAUACAAGACCGUGAAGCAAAUAGCAGCUCAGGAAAUUCCACGGUUGACUUGCCUUGCCUGCAAGCUGAGUGGAGAGCUGAAGCUUUAUGUGGUACUGGAGGCCAAGUUCAGAUCACGACUAAAUGGCUUGAACAUAGAAGACACAAAACUGAGAGAUUUUUCUGCACUAAACUUCGGGAAUCUGUCCCCUCUAGUGACUGAACUGACUAAUACGUUCAUUUAUAAAUCUGCCCACCCGUCCUUCUGUCUGCCAACCUGUGUGCCUUUUUUGUAAAACAUUUUCACGUCUUUCAAAAUGCCUGUUGAAUACCUAGAGUGUAGUCUCAACUUCUACACAGAUAAGCAUUUGAAGUUGAUACAAACUUUUUUGAGUCUUUCUGGGGGAAAAAAAAAAUAGGAAAGAAAAGAAAACGGUCUUCCUUCCUUCUUGGGCAAUAUCUCUCACUCCACUACAGUUACUUUUGCAAUUAGAAAGGAUACGCUUCUAACCACAUUCUACUUCCUCCCUUGCUGGCCCGUCCACCUCCACGGUUGCCCUUACAACGUAUCUCUGGUUGCCCGCUCUGAACAGUAUUUUUUCUCCUCUGGAGUUUUACGUUUUUGCUGUCAACAGGAUAAAGUUGAACAAACUAAGGGGUAGGAAGAGGUCGUUGUGUUGUUCACAGUAACAGUCUGUGUAAAAUUCAGCGUGCUCGGGCAGCGUGUCCUGCUGUGUCCUGAACCCCUGUGCCACUGGGAAUCACACGGGCCCCGUCCUGUCCCCUCCCUCCUCUCUUCACUCUCGCGCCCAAUUAUGCCAUUUUCGAUUCAAUGCUGCCAUCUCUCUGCACUGCCUUCUGCGCUAACACCUCCGUUUCUGUUUAUAACCGUGUAUUUAUUACUGAAUGUACAUAAUGUAAUGUUUUGUAAGUUAUUAAUUUAUAUCUCUAACAUUGCCUGCCAAUGGUGGUGUUACAUUUGUGUAGAAAACUCUGCCUAAGAGUUGCAACUCUUCUUGUAACGUUUUGUAUUGUGUAUUAUAUAACCCGUUCAUCGCUAAGACAGACAGACGGCCCAGCCGCUCGCCAGUGAGGACACUGGUGGGCUUCUACCCCGAGGGUCUGCCCUUUCCCUGUCUUGAGUUGCUAAUACUGCGCAGCCCCUGUACCAACCCGUUUUGGAAACAAGAUUCUCACAUUAGAUACUAAAUGGUUUAUACUGAGCUUUUACUUUUGUAUAGUUUGAUAGGGGUAGGGGGCAACAGGAUGUGGUUUUCACCCACGUCCUCUCCGAAUCUGUGUACGCAUGAGUUGGGUUAUAACUGGGCUCUGCUGUCAUUGUGGCUUCAGUUUAAAAGGCAACACUACGUUUGCGCACAGAUGGUCCUUCCGAGUGUUCCCAAACUACUGACUUUGGAAAGAAAGCCUCCUGCCUGCCAGUCUGCGGGAAUGUCGUGUUCCAAUUAAUUACAAAAAGAAAACAAUAAAACAAUGUGAAUUUUAUAAUAAAAUGUGAACUGAUGUAGUAAAUUAUGCAAAUGUGAAGCUUCUGAUAACACUUGUUCAGGCCUCUUACUGGCUUCAGUCUCCGUUUGUAAAAUAUAUUUCAUGCUUUCAGUUCAGCAUUGUGACUCAUAGUUAAAGAAAUGGCACAAAUGUGCAUGACCAAUGAGUUUGUAUGUCUAUGAACACUGCAUUAUUUCAGGUGGACAUUUUAUUGUUUUCAAAAGUUUCUCACAAUGUAUGUUAUAGUACUAUUAUUAUUAUAUAUUGUGUUCACAUGCAUUCUUAAGAAACUUUUCUAUGAGGUGAAUAAACAAAAGCAUGAUUAGA